AUGAGAAGGCAAGGAGAAGAAGGCAAGGAGAAGGCAAGGAGAAGAAGGCAAGGAGGAGAAGGCAAGGAGGAGAAGGCAAGGAGAAGGCAAGGAGAAGUCAAGGGAAAUAGUAAUGAAGACAGAAGGGGGUUGGGGCGGGGGAAGGGGAGGGGGAGGGGGCGGGGACGGGGGCGGGGGCGGGUCAAGGGACGGGGCGGGGGAAGGGAGGGGGACGGGGCGGCGGAAGGGAGGGGGACGGGGCGGCGUAAGGGAGGGGGACGGGGCGGCGUAAGGGAGGGGGGCGGGGCGGCGGCGGAAGGGAGGGGGGCGGGGCGGCGGCGGAAGGGAGGGGGGCGGGGCGGCGGCGGAAGGGAGGGGGGCGGGGCGGCGGCGGAAGGGAGGGGGGCGGGGCGGCGGCGGAAGGGAGGGGGGCGGGGCGGCGGCGGAAGGGAGGGGGGCGGGGCGGCGGCGGAAGGGAGGGGGGCGGGGCGGCGGCGGAAGGGAGGGGGGCGGGGCGGCGGCGGAAGGGAGGGGGGCGGGGCGGCGGCGGAAGGGAGGGGGGCGGGGCGGCGGCGGAAGGGAGGGGGGCGGGGCGGCGGCGGAAGGGAGGGGGGCGGGGCGGCGGCGGAAGGGAGGGGGGCGGGGCGGCGGCGGAAGGGAGGGGGGCGGGGCGGCGGCGGAAGGGAGGGGGGCGGGGCGGCGGCGGAAGGGAGGGGGGCGGGGCGGCGGCGGAAGGGAGGGGGGCGGGGCGGCGGCGGAAGGGAGGGGGGCGGGGCGGCGGCGGAAGGGAGGGGGGCGGGGCGGCGGCGGAAGGGAGGGGGGCGGGGCGGCGGCGGAAGGGAGGGGGGCGGGGCGGCGGCGGAAGGGAGGGGGGCGGGGCGGCGGCGGAAGGGAGGGGGGCGGGGCGGCGGCGGAAGGGAGGGGGGCGGGGCGGCGGCGGAAGGGAGGGGGGCGGGGCGGCGGCGGAAGGGAGGGGGGCGGGGCGGCGGCGGAAGGGAGGGGGGCGGGGCGGCGGCGGAAGGGAGGGGGGCGGGGCGGCGGCGGAAGGGAGGGGGCGGCGGCGGAAGGGAGGGGGCGGCGGCGGAAGGGAGGGGGCGGCGGCGGAAGGGAGGGGGCGGCGGCGGAAGGGAGGGGGCGGCGGCGGAAGGGAGGGGGCGGCGGCGGAAGGGAGGGGGCGGCGGCGGAAGGGAGGGGGCGGCGGCGGAAGGGAGGGGGCGGCGGCGGAAGGGAGGGGGCGGCGGCGGAAGGGAGGGGGCGGCGGCGGAAGGGAGGGGGCGGCGGCGGAAGGGAGGGGGCGGCGGCGGAAGGGAGGGGGCGGCGGCGGAAGAGAGGGGGCGGCGGCGGAAGAGAGGGGGCGGCGGCGGAAGGGAGGGGGCGGCGGCGGAAGGGAGGGGGCGGCGGCGGAAGGGAGGGGGCGGCGGCGGAAGGGAGGGGGCGGCGGCGGAAGGGAGGGGGCGGCGGCGGAAGGGAGGGGGCGGCGGCGGAAGGGAGGGGGCGGCGGCGGAAGGGAGGGGGCGGCGGCGGAAGGGAGGGGGCGGCGGCGGAAGGGAGGGGGCGGCGGCGGAAGGGAGGGGGCGGCGGCGGAAGGGAGGGGGCGGCGGCGGAAGGGAGGGGGCGGCGGCGGAAGGGAGGGGGCGGCGGCGGAAGGGAGGGGGCGGCGGCGGAAGGGAGGGGGCGGCGGCGGAAGGGAGGGGGCGGCGGCGGAAGGGAGGGGGGGCGGCGGCGGAAGGGAGGGGGGGCGGCGGCGGAAGGGAGGGGGGGCGGCGGCGGAAGGGAGGGGGGGCGGCGCGGAAGGGAGGGGGGGCGGCGGAAGGGAGGGGGGCGGGGCGGCGGCGGAAGGGAGGGGGGCGGGGCGGCGGCGGAAGGGAGGGGGGCGGGGCGGCGGCGGAAGGGAGGGGGGCGGGGCGGCGGCGGAAGGGAGGGGGCGGCGGCGGAAGGGAGGGGGCGGCGGCGGAAGGGAGGGGGCGGCGGCGGAAGGGAGGGGGCGGCGGCGGAAGGGAGGGGGCGGCGGCGGAAGGGAGGGGGCGGCGGCGGAAGGGAGGGGGCGGCGGCGGAAGGGAGGGGGCGGCGGCGGAAGGGAGGGGGCGGCGGCGGAAGGGAGGGGGCGGCGGCGGAAGGGAGGGGGCGGCGGCGGAAGGGAGGGGGCGGCGGCGGAAGGGAGGGGGCGGCGGCGGAAGGGAGGGGGCGGCGGCGGAAGGGAGGGGGCGGCGGCGGAAGGGAGGGGGCGGCGGCGGAAGAGAGGGGGCGGCGGCGGAAGAGAGGGGGCGGCGGCGGAAGAGAGGGGGCGGCGGCGGAAGGGAGGGGGCGGCGGCGGAAGGGAGGGGGCGGCGGCGGAAGGGAGGGGGCGGCGGCGGAAGGGAGGGGGCGGCGGCGGAAGGGAGGGGGCGGCGGCGGAAGGGAGGGGGCGGCGGCGGAAGGGAGGGGGCGGCGGCGGAAGGGAGGGGGCGGCGGCGGAAGGGAGGGGGCGGCGGCGGAAGGGAGGGGGAGGGGGAAGGGAGGGGGAGGGGGAAGGGAGGGGGAGGGGGAAGGGAGGGGGAUAUGAGUGCAGGAUUGAGUGAGAAUGUCAGUGAGGGGAUGGGGUGGGGUGGCACAGGAUGUAAUAUAGGAGGCACAGGGACAGAUACAGGGAUAUGGACGGAGCUGUGCUUGAGGAAGGCAGCACACGGGUAA